CAGAAAGCUAAAGAAGUUUGCCAGAUGUAUUUUAUGCAGCUGCGCUCUGGCCUUAUCAUAGAAAAGACGGCCUGUUAUUUUAGGAAAGAAAUCACCAAAAGGCAUUCACCAAGAACAGGUAUUUCACUUUUUACAGAACAUUCUGCUUCCCUGAGCACAUACAAUGAUCAAUCUAUUACUUUCGUUUUUGAGGAUGGAGGUUAUGAGAUCUAUGUAGAAGACUUGAGAAAAGACCAAGAGAAAGAUAAGGUGCUAUUCCGUUAUUAUGAUUUCCAAUCCCCCGCUCAUGGAACAGGUGAUGGUGUUGAUGGCCAGACAUUAUUGGUAAACCUGAGCCCUACAAAAGACAAAGACUUUUUGCUGCAUGCCAACAACAAGGAACACUCUGUGGAGCUACAAAAAUGUGAAAACCAAUUGCCAGACCAGGCCUUCUUCCGCCUUCAUAGGAAGUCUUCUAAAUGUGUUUCUUUUGAAUGUAAGAAUAAUCCUGGAGUGUUUAUAGGAGUAAAGGAUAACCACCUUGCUCUAAUUAAAGUAGGGGACCCAUCUGAGGAUUCAAAGAGUAUAGAGAAUACCAUAUUUAAGCUUUCUUAAACUUCAUGUGAUGAAAAGCUGUGGAGCCUGGGUUGGGUAACCCAAAUAGCCAGUGCUGGAGAAAUGUUGAGAGAUAAAGAAAGAGCCAGACAAUGUUUAAGGGAAAUGAAGGAUACUUAGUAUGCUAUGGAAUAUUUUUCUUAUUAUUUGUAAAAAUAUGUUUAUAAUAUAUUCUGUCUGUUUUUUACUACCCUUUGUCUCACUACAUAUUCAAACAUGUAUUGUUACAUAGACCUCAGAAAAUAUACAACCUGACUUCUACUUUUUUCUACUUUCAGCCCAGAAAGCUUGAUAUUUAGAGCUGAUAUCUUUGGGGAGAAGCAAGGGCCUUAAUCCAAGUUUCAUUUUAGACAGGGAUCCAUUUUAAAAAGCUACAUAGAGACAUAAUUUUCCCUGUCCAAACAACAAAUUCAAACCUUAGAGCUGUUGGUGAAAAGACAAUCAGAUCUACUUAGACUGACCAUUUCACAAAUGGAAUAAAACACCAAAUUUGUUUGAAGAUGCCCAAAACCAGGACACCUGCUUGGCUCAGCUGGUUAAGCUGAUGCC